AUGGAUAAGGUUGACGGAGCUGCUGUGAACGGCGCCGUUUGCUCGACGGAGACCGGAGACGGAGGUGAGGACGUGUACAGCUCCAAAGAUUCCGACGCCUUUACCGCAGAUCAUCUCGUUGUUAUGGUACACGGGAUUCUUGGGAGUGCGUUGGAUUGGAAAUUUGGUGCGGAGAAAUUUGUCCAGAGGCAUCCUGAUAAAGUUUACGUUCACUGCAGUGAACGGAAUGCAUCAAAAUUGACAUUGGAUGGUGUUGAUGUUAUGGGUGAGCGACUGGCUGAGGAGGUCCUCGAAGUAAUAAAAAGAAAACCUUCUCUGAAGAAAAUAUCUUUCAUUGCGCAUUCUGUUGGGGGACUUGUGGCAAGAUAUGCAAUCGGGAAGUUAUAUAGACCUUCAAAUAAAGAAACUGGACAAGAAGGCUCUCCCAACGUUUGUACAGACGAGUCGAAGGGUACAAUAGCAAAUCUUGAGCCCAUAAACUUUAUUACUGUUGCCACUCCACACCUUGGUUCGAGGGGCAAUAAGCAGGUACCGUUUCUUUUUGGGGUAACUGCAUUCGAGAAAGUUGCUGGCUGUGUAAUUCAUUGGAUAUUCAGAAGAACGGGCAGACACCUUUUUCUUACUGACGAGGAUGAAGGAAAGCCUCCGUUGCUCAAGCGCAUGGUUGAAGAUAAUGAAGAAUGCUGUUUUAUGUCUGCUUUACGGUCUUUCCAGCGCAGGGUGGCUUAUUCGAAUGUUGAUCACGACCAUAUUGUUGGUUGGAGGACAUCAUCAAUUCGACGGAUCGGUGAACUGCCCAAGUGGGAAGAUUGUGUUGAUGAAAAAUAUCCCCACAUUGUGUAUGAAGAACGGUGCAAGGCUUAUGACAAGGACCAGCUUGAAGAGUCUACAGUUGUGGACAAUGUCGCUGACGAGCUGGAAGAGGAACUUGUAAAUGGCCUUUCUCGCAUAUCGUGGGAAAAAGUCGAUGUAAGCUUUCAUAGUAGCCGGCUCAAGUUUGCUGCCCACAGUGUUAUCCAGGUUAAAGACCAUAACGUGCAUUCGGAUGGUGCGGAUGUUAUACAACAUAUGAUCGAUCAUUUUCUUCUAUAA